AUGAUGAGUAGGCGCCGUUCGCGUGCCGGCUCUUUAGCGCAUUUAAAUCCUAGCCCUACAGCUAGCGGCGGAUAUUCAAAUUUGAGAAAUUCCUCGACAAAAAUGCAUCAUAUAGGCAUUGAUCAAAUUGCAAGGUUAGCGGCAGAAGAAGCACGAAAAGAACAGCAACGACAGGCACAAGAAGGAUUUGGUGCUAUUGGCAGGAAAGCUGGUGGAUUGGGGGGAAAGGAAAAGGGCCCUUCAUCAUUGUUCAUCUUCAGCGAGGAGAAUAUUAUUCGACGCAAUGCCAAAGCUAUUAUUGAAUGGGGACCUUUUGAAUUUUUUAUUCUUGUUACAAUUAUUUUAAAUUGUGUUGUGCUUGCUAUGGAACAGCAUUUACCUAAGAACGACAAAAAACCAAUGUCAGAAAAAUUGGAGAAAACAGAGCCAAUAUUUAUGGCCAUAUUUUGUAUUGAAUGUGUUUUAAAAGUUAUAGCAUUUGGAUUUGUUAUGCAUAAAGGAUCUUAUCUUAGAUCUGGAUGGAAUAUUAUGGAUUUUAUUGUUGUUGUUACUGGAGUCCUCACAAUGAUGCCUUUCUCUCCAUCUGGAGGUGAUAAAUCUGAAGGGGUUGAUUUACGAACAUUAAGAGCUGUUCGAGUAUUAAGGCCUUUAAAAUUAGUUAGUGGAAUUCCUAGUUUACAAGUUGUUUUAAAGUCAAUUUUAUGUGCAAUGGCACCUCUCCUUCAAAUAGGCCUUUUGGUGCUUUUUGCAAUUGUUAUUUUUGCAAUUAUUGGAUUAGAAUUUUAUUCCUCUGCCUUCCAUGCUGCUUGCUACAAUGAAUUUGGAGAAAUUGUUAAUUUAAGUGAAAAACCAUUUCCUUGUUCUAAUAAAUCUGCCUCCACAGGAGCUUAUAAUUGUGAUGUGCCUGGUGCUAUUUGUUUAAGCCAAUGGAUUGGCCCAAAUUAUGGAAUUACUUCUUUUGAUAACAUUGCCUUUGCAAUGAUUACAGUCUUUCAAUGUAUUACUAUGGAGGGGUGGACAACAAUUAUGUAUUAUACAAAUGAUUCAUUGGGAAGUACUUACAAUUGGGCAUAUUUUAUUCCUUUAAUUGUUCUUGGUUCUUUUUUUAUGCUUAAUUUAGUUCUUGGUGUUCUUUCUGGUGAAUUUGCUAAAGAAAGAAUGCAACAAAUUAAUAGAGAAUUGGAAGGGUAUAUUGAAUGGAUAUUUGCGGCUGAAGAUGUUAUUUUACAGGAAGAAAGGACAACUGAUGAAGAAAGGGUUACUAUUAUGGAAGCUCGUCGCCGUGCCAAUAAAAUGAUACAAAAAGAAGGAGGUAUAGGGAAACAAACAAGUGUGGAAACUGAAGAAGAGGAAGAAGAAGAAGAUGGGGAAGAGUAUGAUAAUGAUCAAGAUGAUGAUUUAGUUGUAGAUAAUAGACUUGGAAAUAAUAGAUUGGGCGCUGAUAAUAUGUAA